AUGGCGUCCAGCGCGCGCGCCGCCGGCGCGUCGGUGAUCAAAACCUCUCGCGCGCGAGACGGAAAGAAGCGCGCGUGCGUCCGCGCGCGCGUCUCCAGCGCGCGCGCGGGGACGGCGAACGAGGGACGUGAUGUCGAUGGAUCGAACGGACCGCCGCGGGGGGUCGUGGACGCGAGAAGACGGACGGGAGGUCGGUCGAGGACGGCGGCGGGCGCGCGGACGGGCGGCGGGCGCGACGCGGAGACGCCGGGCGGUGAUCGAGAGGGCGUGAUCGCGAGCGCGACGGCGAACGGUGAGAAUGCGACGAGUGGUGGACGGACGAUCGAGGAUAUCCUGCGAGCGAAGAGUGGAUUCACGAAGAUUUUGUGCGCGAAUCGCGGGGAAAUCGCGGUUCGCGUGUUCCGAGCGGGACAAGAGCUCGGGAUGAAGACGGUGGCGAUCUUCGCGGACGCCGAUCGACAGUCCACGCACAGAUACAAGGCGGAUGAGUCGUACGAGGUGGGGGUGGGUAAGGCGCCCGUGGCGGCGUACUUGGAUUACGAAAGCAUCAUCCGCUGCGCCAAGGAGAACGGGGCGCAGGCGAUUCACCCCGGGUACGGUUUGUUGAGCGAGAACGCGACGUUCGCGAGACGCUGCGAGGAGGAGGGCAUCGUUCUCAUCGGUCCGCGAUCGCAGACGUUGACGGAGAUGGGCGACAAGGUGAUCGCGAAGCAAAAGGCGACGGAGUGCGGCUUGCCGCUCGUCCCGGGCACUGCGACGGCGACAAUGGACGUGAACGACGCGCUGGAAUUCGCGAGAGAGUUCGGGAUGCCGAUCAUGCUUAAGGCCGCCAUGGGCGGAGGUGGACGCGGUAUGCGCGUUGUCAAGGAGUUUGACGAGCUCGAGGACGCUUUCAAGCGAGCGUCGAGCGAAGCGCAGACGGCAUUCGGUGACGGGCGAAUGUUCCUGGAGCGAUACGUCGAGGCGCCGCGACACAUCGAGGUGCAAAUUCUCGCCGACAACUACGGGAACGUCGUCCACCUUGGCGAGCGCGAUUGCUCGGUGCAACGGCGUCAUCAGAAGGUGGUCGAGCUCGCCCCGGCGCCGAACCUCGAUCCGGUACUCCGCGAUACGUUGUGCAACGACGCCAUCAAGCUCGCCAAGCACGUCAACUACCGCAACGCCGGGACCGUGGAGUUCAUGGUCGACAAGGAAGGUCGUCACUACUUCUUGGAAGUGAAUCCGCGUAUUCAGGUCGAACACACGGUGACGGAGGAAGUCACCGGUGUCGAUUUGGUGCAGUCACAAAUCCUCAUCGCGGGUGGUCAAAAGCUCAGCGACAUCGGAAUCAACUCCCAAGAGGACAUCGUGCUCAGAGGUUUUGCGAUGCAGUGCAGAAUCACCACUGAAGACCCAUCGAUGAACUUUGCCCCGGAUUUCGGUAAGGUUGAAGUGUAUCGCCCCCCGGGCGGCAUGGGUGUUCGCCUCGACGGUGAAGUCGUCGUCGGCUCUCGCGUUUCGCCCAACUACGACUCUCUUCUCGUCAAGCUCACGUGCACGGAGAAGACGUUCGAUGCUGCGGUGCAGAAGAUGUAUCGUUCCUUGAACGAGUUCCGCAUUCGUGGUGUCAAGACGAACAUUCCGUUCUUGUUGAACGUCAUGCAGAAUGAGACGUUCUUGAGCGCCAACUUUGCCACGGAUUUCAUCGACAGCACGCCGAGCUUGUUCAAGCUCGAUUCGUACAUCGAUGACACGCAAAAGCUCCUGAACUACCUCGGUGAUGUUGCAGUGAACGGAUCCUCUCACCCAGGUGCGGUGGGUCCGGCGCCUACGUGCGUGGAACCGCCGGUUCCGGAGCCGAAGAAGUUAUUGGACGACCUUCAGGGUAAGGGGUUCAAGGCUAUUUUGGAUAAGGAAGGUCCGGCGGGCUUCGCCAAGGCGGUUCGCAACCACAAGGGUCUACUCAUCAUGGACACCACGUGGCGUGACGCUCACCAGUCGCUCCUUGCGACUCGAGUACGCACUCACGAUAUGCGACGCUCUGCUCCGCUUACGCGAAGUGCUCUCGAUGGCGCGUACUCUUUGGAAAUGUGGGGUGGUGCUACGUUCGACGUGGCUCUUCGAUUCCUGCAGGAAGAUCCCUGGCGACGACUUGAACUUCUCCGCGAGCAAGUACCGAACAUUCCGUUCCAAAUGCUCCUUCGAGGUGCUAACGCGGUUGGUUACACGAGUUACGCCGACAACGUCGUGCAGGCUUUCGUGCACCAAGCGAAGAAGUCUGGCGUCGACAUCUUCCGCGUGUUCGACUCCUUGAACUACGAAGACAACCUCAUGUUCGGUAUUGAUGCCGUCCGCAACGCGAACGGUGUUGUUGAGGCGACGAUUUGCUACAGCGGUGACGUGAGUGAUCCGAAGAGAACGAAGUACACUUUGGAUUACUACGUCGCGCUCACCGAAAAGCUCGUCGCCCACGGUAUUGACGUCCUCGCCAUCAAAGAUAUGGCCGGUCUGCUCAAGCCACGUGCAGCGACGAUGCUCGUGGAGGCGAUUCGAGCAAAAUUCCCCGAUUUGCCGAUCCAUGUGCACACACAUGACACGGCCUCCACCGGUGUCGCAUCGAUGCUUGCUUGCGCGAACGCCGGUGCCGACGUCGUUGACGUGUGCAUGGACGCCUUGUCCGGCACGACGUCUCAACCCAGCAUCGGCGCCGUCCUGAACUCUGUCGCUGGAACCGAUCUCGACACGGGUAUGGACAUCGAAGAAGUGUUAAAACUCAACUUGUUCUGGGAACAAACGAGAGGUCUUUACUCUCCAUACGAAAGCGGCAUCAAGAGCGGCAGCUCGGAUGUAUACAUUCACGAAAUGCCGGGCGGUCAGUACACGAACUUGAAGUUUCAAGCUUACGCGAACGGCUUGGGUAGUGAGUGGGAUCGUAUCAAGGACUCGUACGCGACUGCGAACAGAAUUCUGGGUGACAUUGUGAAAGUGACACCGUCCUCCAAGGUAGUUGGCGACUUUGCUCAGUUCUUGGUCGCGAACAACUUGGAUGAGAAAUCCCUCCUCGAGAAAGCUGACACGCUCUCGUUCCCGACGUCCGUCGUCGAAUACUUCCAAGGUUACUUGGGGCAGCCGGUUGGCGGCUUCCCUGAGCCGCUUCGCUCCAAGGUUGUCAAGGGCAAGGACAUCAUCAACGGUCGCCCGGGCGCGUCGCUUCCAGAGCUGGAUCUGUCCAAGCUCCAAAACGAUUUGGCUCGCAAGCACGUGGGUCGCCGCGCGAUCACGCACAAGGACACUCUCGCGGCGGCACUUUAUCCCAAAGUGUUUGACGAAUACGUCGUCAAGCGCGACACUGUCGGUCCGGUUGGCUUGUUGCCAACCAAGGCGUUCUUGAAGGGCCUCGACAUCGACGAAGAGAUUGAGGUCACCACGGAUCGUGGCGUGAGCACGAACAUCAAGCUCAAGGCUGUCGGUGAGCUCUUGCCCAGCGGGAGCCGCGAGGUGUUCUUCGAGGUCAACGGCAUCCCGCGCGUGGUGGAGAUCCACGACCGUAAGGUGCUUGAAUCCACGAAGUCUGGCGUGGUUUCCACUGCGCGGGAGAAGAGCGACCCGCUCGAUGAGGGUUCGAUCGGCGCGCCGAUGUCCGGCGACGUCGUCGACGUUCUCAUCGCCCCGGGCCAAAAGGUCAAGGCUGGCGAGUCCCUCGUCGUCCUCAGUGCGAUGAAGAUGGAGACCACGGUGGCGUCGCCCGUCUCAGGCACGCUCAAGCACGUCGUCGUCGUCAAGGGUGACUCGUGCGCCGCUGGGGACUUACUGUGCGCCAUCGAUACCGAUGCUGCCUAG